AUGGACCCAGGUGGCAGCUGUCGCCUCGUCUUGGACGCCAGUCUAGCCAAAGGCAGUCCGGCCUCCGUCGCCGCUUUGACAGGGAGCGAGCUCUGGCAACACGUCUGGCGCGUGGACAUGCCCUGCGAGGCUUCCGAGGAGAUGCCGACGUGCCCUAUUUGCCUCGGCGAGCCGGAGCUGAUCCGGACGCCUCCCUGUGGCCACGUGAUCUGUUACCUUUGCGUACCUUGGCGUGUACAACAUGCGGCAACUCUGGGCGAGGCUUGCAAAUGCCCGGUGUGCAGCCAGGCCAUGCGCUUGGAAGACCUGCGCCCUGUUCGCCUGGAGCUUCAGCACCUGCCAAAGCCGGAGGAAGGCGGCUCCCUGGUCUUCACACUGGUGCGAAGAACUGGCCUUCACUACCUGAGUCUCGCGGGAGCCAUUUUCGCUCGCCGAAUCUUCGGCGAUCCCGAGCUGUACCUCAGCAGCCUCCACGAAGAUCUGCGGGUGCUGGAGUCUGCGGCUGCCGCCGGCGGUGAGGAGGCCGGCUCCACUGGCGAGGUCUGCCAUCGAAGUUCCUCGCUCUGCAUCCAGUGUGCCAUGGGCUGCGGGGGCCCGGGAAGCCGAUUGAAGCAAAAGAAUCCCUGCUUUGGACUGGAUCUGAUGUUAGCUGCAGUGCAGCUAAUUUUUCUCGAGCCUUACUUGAUGAAGCAGCUUCUCUCCGAGCACAGGUGGGCUUCGGCGAAAUCUGAAGCAUUGCUUUUCAGAAGCAAGUCUAAGUCCAUUGAGCCGCUGACAGAUCAAAUGAAGCAAAG